CGCUGGGGUGGCGGGCGUGUUCAUGGGUGUGGGUGCGAGGUCUGAGAGACGCUUGUUCUGGAUGUUUUGUGCGUCGGACAUGGCUGUAGGGUGUAUCCGUGGAUUGGCCUGCGAAUACUCUGUGUCUCUGGCUUGCUCUCGACGCUGCAAGAGGAUGGGAGGAUGGGUUGAUGGGAGUGCUGGGGGGCUGCUGGUUGGAUGUUUUGCUUCUUUUUCUCUUUUUUGGGUUGAGAAGCAGGCACCAGGCAGUGUCAGCACAAAUAGGACUGGGGAAGGCGGCCCAGGACGGCAGACGGGCAGAGCAGGGUAGACGAGGCGAGGCAGGAACAGGACAAAGCAGCUGGCUACGGGUCUGGGCUGGUCACCGCUUGGGCCUUCUUUUGCUAAGACUAUACUCAUGGAGGGUGGCCUGCUUCCUGCAUCGAUUGAGCUGCCUGUACCGGGUCUGUUGCUCCCAAAGAUGAGCCUGCUCAAUACAUACGAGUCGAGGAUGAUACUGAUCCCAUCCCAUAGCGUCUACACUGUUCUAUAGCAAAGUAAAAUAGCAGACUCAGCUAGCAGUAUUCUCCUUUCGCGUUCAAUCACAAGCA